AUGGAUGAGAAUCGCUCUUUCGCGGAAAUACGGCAGCGCCUCCGCGAAAUCGAAGACCAGAGCAUCGCCUCUCGGCUUCAAGAAGAGGAAUUCAAUAAGUACUACAAUCACAAUAGACAGUAUCGGCGUGUGGUUGGGGAGGAUACGAAACACUGCAUCAAAGAGCAGGCGAACGAGGACAAAUCGGCAAAGCGCGAACGAGUCGAGAUGAUUCGGAAAAUAGAGAAAUCCGAUAAGGAGAUAGCUCGUCGUCUGCAACAGAAAUUUGAAGAAGAGGAGAAAGAACGGCACGAGCAGCAAGUUCGAAUUGAUGCCGAACUAGCCAGGGCACUUGCUGAUGACGAGGCCCGGAACACCGACUUCGCGAGGGCACAAGUUCUCUCUGAUACACUCCAUGUCAACGCUAAUGAUAACCCCAGAGAGCGCAUCUCAUCACAAGCGAACUUUUCGUGGGAAAAUGGACGAACUUCAAUUCUUCAUUCAACUCAGCGAGAACGAUCUAACAACGACGAAUUGAGACCUCCUUACCAGAACGCUUGCGCAAGCUCUUCAAGUCAGCGACCACCCACGUACUCGGCAAGUGCUUCAGACACACAGUGCGCUGCUCUAGCAUCGCUCCAUCCGACCAACCCUUUUCUUGAAGACGUCAUUGCCAGAGAUCCAAUCCGACCAGCAUUGGAACUUACGCAAAUAACCCAGUAA